AUGGCGAAUCGAGGAUACGAUGUUGUCGUUGAUGUGGACCAAGAGGGCGACCUAGGCCACACGGACUUGCAAGAAGACCUCGAAUUCCACAGUUCAAAUUUUGACACCCAACCCUCCUCCGGCCGCGGCGCCCCCAAAAUCCAACCCGACUCCACAUCGACUUCAUUCCUCCCCGGCCCCGCCACCGCCGGCGACAGCAGCAGCAGUGGAGGCCGCAAGCACUACCUCUGGUCCCUAAACUUCUACGCCCAAGCCUUCGACGUCGACACCGCCGAAGUCCUCCGCCGCUGCAUCGCAACCAUCUAUCCGCGCGCCAACUUCCUCGACGUCCUGGAGGGCAACCCGGACUUAUACGGCCCCGUGUGGAUCGCUACUACAGUCGUUGUUAUCUUGUUUCUCACCGGAACGAUCAAUCAGUAUCUGGCGCUGAAGAGUGAGGAGCAUUUUGCGUAUGAUUUUAAGUUGCUGAGUGGAGCGGCGGGACUGGUGUAUGGGUAUACGGCGUUUGUGCCCGUAGGGCUUUGGGGGGUGCUCAAGUGGUAUGGGAGUGAGAGUGCGAAUUUACUGGAGUGUUGUUGUUUGUAUGGGUAUGCGAAUUUGGUGUGGAUUGCGGUUGCGUUGAUUGCGUGGAGUCCGUGGGGGAUUGUCAACUUUACGGUUGUAGCGGUCGGUCUUGCGUUUAGCGCUGCGUUUCUCCUGAGGAAUCUUUACCCAGUGCUUAGCACUACCGAGGCAAAGACAUCGAAGAUUCUGCUCGUCGUCGUGGUCGUGCUGCAUGCUGGGUUUGCGAUUGCGAUCAAGGUACUGUUCUUUGCGGCCACGAGUCCUGUGGGACCGAACAAGGGUGCGGAUAAAGAUGCGGGCAAGGGAACCGCGGAUGGGGGUUCGGACGGUAAGGGCGGUAUGCUGAUGAUGCUUAUGGGUUGA